AUGGCUGGACGAGAGCUGUACAGGCAUCCAUUCAAUAAAUUCCAGGACAGCAAUCUCUGGGCUGCCGAUGCCUACUGGUAUUUACACACUCGUGAUUUCGCAUCAUCACGACCAUACUCGUUCACACGUGUGUACGGCAACACGUCCACAUAUACGCCACCAAUGCUUGCUGCCGAGACACGCAGGCUAACGCAACGGCGUAAUUACACGGGUUACACGUAUGUUGGUGCGGAACACAGCUACGACGUUUCAUCACGACCUUACUCACUUGAUAACUAUCGCUUCUGGCGAUCGCAUGUCGCCAGCUCGCCAUGGUACUGGUCUUAUUAUGGUAACAGUGGUCUGCGGCACUAUAACAGUUAUCGACCACGCACAUUUACCAGCCGUCUGUCCACAUACUGGAUGCCGUACUUCUAG